AUGGAAGUAUCCACCGAAAAUUCUUCAAAGAGAAUAAAGAAUUAUGCUAGCGGUGCACGCACGUCAUCGCCAAAUUUAGAGGCACCUUCAAGUUAUGAUUUUAACUUAUCAUCUCCUAUGGAGCGUCCAAUGAGACAAAAGGCGGAAAAACGAAAAGGAAAGGCAAAGGAAAAUUCAAAUGCAACUGAACCUCCUUCUAGAGUUAUGCAUGAUACAAUGAAUAAAAGAAUGGUAGUAAUGGAAAAUCUAGCACAACUUAAGGAGGAAGAAAACAAAUUAGUCAAGGAAAAGAUGAAGUUUGAAGAAAUGAAAUUCAUCAUGUUAGACACUUCUAAGAUGAAUGAUAGUCAACGUGAAUUUCAUGAAAAAUAUUGUAAUAAGCUAAAAGAAAAAUAUGGAUGGUAA